UCCCUUUCUUUCUAUAGUAACAAACAUCCUCAAAACCAAACUUGUAAACUAAAUCUUGUUUUUUUGUUUUAUUGGUUGUUGCUGUUUUAGUGUCUCAAGCUAGCCGUAUAUAUCUCCUCUCCUUUUAGCUUCAUUGGUUCUCAGGAAUUGAACAGCCACAAUGAGCCCAGGAAAGUUGCAUCAGCAACAGCAGCAUAUCAUUAUCAAUGGCCUUCGCCUUUCUCCAUUGAAGAUCAACAAGGCUUCCCAGCUCAUUCACAAACAAUCUUCUUCUUCUUCUUCUUCUUCUUCAAACAAUUCCUUAUGUAAUAUGGGUGGUGAAACAAAGCGAGAGCAGCAGACGCAAAGAAAUGUUAAUCCUGUCAUUAUUUACACGCAUUCACCAAAAGUUAUCCACACACAGGCUAGGGAUUUCAUGGCUUUGGUGCAAAAACUGACGGGUCUUUCCAGCUCUAGAAAUGAUGAACCAUCAUUGCUGCCUGCUCAACAGAUACAAGGCAGUGGUGUUACUAAUAAGGGUUCAGACUCAAAGCGAGGCAGGAGCAAUGAGAAUGAGAAUUCUCUGAUUUCAACUGAUGAGAAUUGUGGUGGCGGUGGUAUCAAUUCACCGAUUCUCAACCCGCCAAAGAAUCCGUAUUUUGCUGACAUUCCAUUGUUUACACCUACUUCGGUCGAUUACUUUUGCUCGCCUAAGCCUGUGUACAGAUAUUCUGAGUCAGCUUAUUCAUCAUCACCAGUCAUUGGGAAUUCCGUAUCUCCUUCUGCUGCUCUGGAGUUCAUCAAAGGAUUGCCUGAAUAUUAAUUGGCAUGAUAUCAAAGUAGUCUAAAGGGAAUUAGAGAGGCCAUUGAAGCAAAUUAGUAGUGAAGUGCUGAACUUCCACAGAUAUGAUGAUUAAUGGAGUUUCCUCCUUGCCGUGUCCAUAGAAGAGAGGUCGAUUAGUUCUUUUAUAUUGUUAAUCCGUAUGUUUAUUUACUACUCUUAUCAUUAUUUCUUGUAAUGUUUAAUUGUGCUAUUAGGAUGAUGGAUCGAUCAUCUAAAGAUUGAUCAAUGUGAAUAAAUAUGUAAAUUUAAUUCA